ACCAGCGGGAAGAGUAGUAGCACAGGCAAAGAUCAAAUCUUUGCAUCAAAAAGAAAAAGAGAGCUUUUUUGAAGGAGCGGAACUUCAUAAAUCAAUACAAAAAUCCUCAAUUUUCUAAAAGAAAUGGAAUUCGUUAUUGAACAAGGCAAACAACCACACCAAGAAUGCUCUACUUUGCUUCUGCCUGCUUUGUCGAUUGGGAAUGUGGGGCAACUAGCGGUGGAUUUAUUAGUAUCAUCAAUGAAAGCAGAGAGAAUUGGGUACUUAGAUGAUCCCUUUGUCCUUCCUUGUGUUGGAAAUGAUGCUUAUGGCCCUAUUCCUUGUGGUGACCUUGCUCUUCCUCUUGAAGCUUACGAGUCAGCUUUUAGUCGAGUUGCUCUCCUCCAACAGCGGUCACCCGUCGUUAAGGGACGAAUGGUUGAAUUUGCCAAAAACUUGGCAAAUUUUGCUGCUGCAAGUGGAAAGAAGCAUGUUGUUCUGCUUUCCAGCUUGGAUUUUGGAAAGUGGCAGAAAAUUGACAUGUCAAGUGGUCCGCAGAUUUAUUACCUAUCCAGCAUAAAUCCUGAUGGAAGAGAUGAUAACUGUGAACAACUUGGAUGGAAAAGGCUGCAAGAAUAUAAUCCUGCUCAAAGAUGUUGGAAGUAUCUUAGCAUGUUAGCUGAAGGAAAUACUAUGCUGGAAAGUAAUUUACCUUUUGAAGAUGAGCUGGAAGAUGAAGAUUAUUACCCUAGUUUGCCAUUUGCAGCACUUUUUUCUUGUUUGAAGGCCAAAGGCUUGAAGGUUACGUGUUUACUAUGCUACUGUUCGGAAGGGGAUAAUAUACAGGAUGCUUUUCAUUUGGCUGAGGCAGCAUGCAGACUUUUAGGCCUAAAUCCUAAUGCUUUUCCUGGUAAUGGAAGUGGUGGUUGGGUCAUUCCUUUCUCAUGGCACACUGUUUAUGGACCGCCACCGGAUAUGUCUAUCUUUUAGGCUUAGAUCUGACCAUGCUUAGUGAAGUUGACAAAGCUAAAUCUGUAAUCUAUUGUUUGAAACUUGAGAUUUUAUGUUUUUAUUACAAGAAAAGUAGCAUGUAUUGGCCCUGAUGGAAGCAGGCAACAAAAAAUGCUCAACUAAAUACAUUCAUUGUAAAAUGUUGGAACUUCUUUUUCCAUAUUUUGAAAACUUGCUCAACUAUUUAAUUUUGAAUUAAA